CUUACACAGCCUCCCCACUUCUUUCCCUGAUACUGAAAUGGGAAAUGCUCUGCCUGGUCUGUUUUACUCUCAAAUAUUUUUCGGUUUUCCAACAAAUUUUAAGUAGUUAGUUGAAGCCAUGUGAAUUACAACUUGAAAAAACUUCCCAAUAAAUAUAGAAGCUAUUCUUACAACAGCUUCACAGGAAGAGGUCAGAGCUAGGCAUGGGAAAGACAGAGCCUCAUCAGGCUGCAGCUCUCACUUGGGGGUCGCCCUCUCCUCUCCCCCUGCACCCAGUUUAAUCCCAGUUACUGCUGGCUCAGACCUCGAUAAUUUGUAAUUUGUAACCCUAAGCACAAAUCAGAUCCAACUUAUACAAGCACAUCGUACAUCUGGGCUCCAAAAAGGACUGGACAUCUGUAGUACUUGACAUUCAAACCAUUGGCAGGAAGUCAGCAUUUCAUAGAGCACUUUAAAUGUUUUGGUUUGAGAGCUAAUGCAGCAUUUCCACUGGUCAACAUGAGCAGCCCAGGCAGAGAGCAAAGUAUAUUUCCCUCAACAUCAGAUGUCACAGUCGCUGACCCAAUCUUGUCUACAGAGACCCUAAGGGACUUGAAAAAUUGGAUCAUCUGUAAAGAAAUACUCUGGCCACUUCAAGAUGACAAGCAUUCACUGAAAAUUACUUCAUUGAAAAGAAACUUCAUACAAAAAAUUUUUAAAGGCCGCUCCUUCGGAAGUCACAAAAUGUUGAAUUCCACCACCUCUCAGCCUCCUGCGGAGUCCUGCUCCCAAAACCCCGUCAUAACACAGCAAAUCAUUCCUGUGCUUUACCUGCUGGUCUUCAUCGCGGGCGUGCUGCUCAAUGGUGUGUCGGGGUGGGUCUUCUGCUACGUGCCCAGCUCCAAGAGCUUCAUCGUCUAUCUCAAGAACAUUGUGGUUGCCGACUUCCUGAUGAGCCUGACCUUCCCCUUCAAGAUCCUCAGCGACUCGGGCCUGGGCCCCUGGCAGCUGGGCGUGUUUGUAUGCCGGGUGUCGGCCGUGCUCUUCUACGUCAACAUGUAUGUCGGCAUCAUGUUCUUUGGGCUCAUCAGCUUCGACAGAUAUUACAAAAUCGUGAAGCCUCUCCUGACUUCUUUCAUCCAGUCGGUGACUUACAGCAAACUCCUGGCAGUGACGGUGUGGCUGCUGAUGCUCCUGCUCGCUAUCCCCAACAUUAUCCUGACCAACCAGAGUGCUAAGGACGGCACACAUGUAAAAUGCAUGGAGCUUAAAAACGAACUGGGACUCAAGUGGCACAAGGCAUCAAACUACAUCUUCGUGGGCAUCUUCUGGAUUGUGUUCCUUCUGCUAAUCAUUUUCUACACUGCCAUCACAAGGAAAAUCUUCAAGUCCCACAUGAAGUCCCGAAAGAAUUCCAUUUCCGUCAAGAGGAAAUCCAGCCGCAAUAUAUUCAGCAUCAUGCUAGUAUUUUUUGUCUGCUUUGUACCUUACCACAUUGCCAGAAUCUCCUACACACAGAGCCAAACAGGAGCCCCUUUCAGCUGCCAGUCCAAGGAAAUCUUGUACUAUGUGAAAGAAUUCACUCUGAUACUGUCAGCAGCAAAUGUGUGCUUAGACCCCAUUAUUUAUUUCUUUCUAUGCCAGCCAUUUAGAGAAAUCUUGUGUAAGAAAUUGCACAUCCCACUAAAAGCUCAGCAUGAUCCGGAAACUUCCAAAACCAGGAGGGGAAAUACGAUGCACGAAAGCACAGAUACGCUGUGAUUUCCCACCUUUCAAAUGAGGUCCCUGUGUGCGUGUUGUAACUUUCAUUUACACAAUGAGAGGAGUAAAUGGGGAAAGGCCGUGAUAGUAAGCAUCGUCACUGAGCAUUACUCUCCAAUUAGUAUAAUAACUAAAACGUAAGUUUCCAUGCUUUUGUGUGACAUCAAAGAAAAAAUAAUACAUACAUUUUUCAAUCAUACCAAAAUAGAAGGUUUAAAUUAAACACUCAUCUGGUCAGUUAAUAUAGAAUUUUAAGCAGCAAAUAAGAAAAUAGACAGCAUUCAAGACAAUUCUCAGGGGUGUGUUUCCUCUCUAAAUGCAAUAAUUAAGUUAGUAAGUUAUGGGAAGUUUUUUCAACAGGAUCAUCAAGACCAACUUAAAGGCAGGCAACAGCUAGAAGCCUGUUGUAGUGAGGGAGUCAAGCUGUCUGAUUUGAAGGAGAAAAAGGAGACACCCACUGAUCUAUCUCAUGGCAUUUCAAAGGAAAAUAGAUAUAAAUUAUGUACUUUGCAAUAAAAAAUGUAAUUUUUUCUGAUAGUUUUUUGAGGAUGAUAUAAAUACAUUUUUAAUAACGUCCUCUGCAGAGAUUAGUUAAGCCACUUCAUGAGCCUGGUGUUCCGGUGUUAGAGUAUUUUUAAAAAUGGGCUCAAGCCCUGGCUGGUUUGGCUCAAUGGAUAG